AUGAAAGAAGCCAUUGAAUCAAAUGGCGGUAUUCCUGGCGUUAUUGUGAAGUAUGUGAAGCCUCCCGAACUAUCUGCUGGCAAAAACGUGGUCAAAUGGGACGGAAUUAGUACGCUUAAUAACUUCCAGUUUUGUCCAAAUGGUAUCACAACAUGGGAGGCUUACAACAUCAGGCCCGGAAAGCUGGUACCAUGGAAGGACAUUCAAACCGAUGGUAUCUUUCCUGCUACAAUUGAAGUUUUGGAGCCUCCUGAUACCCGCUCUCAGCAGCCAAGCUUUAGAAAAAUCAAUCCUAGAAAGGAAGUGCAGCAAAAAUCUUUGUCUGAACAACGACUGAGUAGUCCUGACCAGCAAGAGACAGCAGGACAAGACAUGGAUGUAGAAAAAGAGAAAGAGGAAGUAAGUGGCCUUUUUACCUGCCCAGAAGAUGGGUGUAUUCGGACAUUCCAGCGGUCCUCAAGUUUGCAAGCACAUUUAGACGAAGGAAAGCACAAGCGCGCGCUAGAAAAAGAAACACUGUUUGACAAAGCCAGAAAAGGAUACGCUGCGAGAAUAACUGGAGAGCAAACGAAAGGUCCAACUUUUGGUUUCUACGCGGCAUCAAAAAUCUCAGUUGAUAAACUACACUCCACACUUGAGAUGGGAUGGGCUCUUAAAACAACAGGGAGUAGAACCCAUUUUACAGAAGAACAAAGAAAGUUCCUCACAGAACAGUUUCUCAUCGGGGAGGAGUGUGGUAAAAAGGCAGAUCCACAACAGGUAUCGCAAGAAAUGCGAAGAGUGAGGGACAAAAAGGCUGCUCGUAUUUUCAGUGGAAAGGGUAUUCUUUCGCCACAGCAGGUGGCAGGAUUCUUCUCAAGACUGGCAGCAAGGAUUCGAAAAACGUCAGCAACAUCGAACGAAGAAAGUGGAAGUGAAGACGAAGAGCAGUGUGCAGUCGAGGCAGAGGCCUUACAUUCGCACCUAAGGGAAGUUGUCAGCGAAGAAAUUGCUUUACGUCACCCCAUUGUCGCCCUUUCCCGUAACAUUUGCAGUUUGGUUCAUACAAAGAAAUUAUCUACCUUAAAAGUGGCAGUGCUAAGGGACAUUUGUGAAGAUAUUUGCUUAAACGUGGAUGAUAUCACGGAGAAACGAAAAAAGCCACUUAUAAGUAGUAUUACUCAGGUCGUUAAGGAGUGCUCUUGUGCUCGAGUGUAA